CCCUCCAUCUUGAAAAUAAAGUAAAUGUAACCUGAAAGCCGUGGCCAUAACCGCCUAAAAAUCUGUAAUCAUCUUAAAAAGGUAUUAUUUAAUAGUGUAAGGAAGUGAUAAGUGUAAAUCUCCAGUUGUAAAAAUGUCUAUUGGUGUGCCAAUUAAAGUUUUACACGAAGCCGAAGGACAUAUCGUAACUUGUGAAACGAUUACCGGCGAAGUAUACAGAGGAAAACUCAUUGAAGCUGAAGAUAACAUGAAUUGCCAAAUGGCUCAGAUAACAGUGACUUACAGAGACGGAAGAGUUGCUCAGUUAGAAAAUGUAUACAUUCGUGGUUCAAAGAUUCGAUUUCUUAUAUUGCCAGAUAUGUUAAAAAAUGCCCCAAUGUUUAAGAAGCAAACAAAAGCCGGUACUGCAGGUAGAGGAAAAUCGGCGAUUCUAAGGGCCCAAGCUGCAAGAGGAAGAGGUCGAGGGGUAAAUCCAGCUAUGAGAGGUAGGGGUACUUGGCAAGGCCCCGGUCAAGGAAUUCCAGGCAGAGGAGGAAGAUAAUUUUAGUAUGAAUGGAAGUGCGUUUUUAGAUUUAUUACUUAUCAUAUGAUAAGACAACACAAAAACUAAUAUCUGAAACGACUGUUUAAGUGAGAAAAAUGUUUGAU